GUAGGUUGGGGCUUGUUUUUUUUUAUUUUUUCUAAUGUACAUAAAAAACACUAAAGAUAUUUCGCUUGAAUGGGUAGAAGCGUUAAUACCGAUUUUAGGCCAGCAGAUUGGGAGAGUUCGAAAGAAGAGGAAAGACCUAAACUGGAGUACCUGGUGACCAACAAGAAGACUCCCCCCGUCGAAUUGUACCUCACAACAUUCGCCUCGGCCUGCAGCGCAGAGGUCGUGGGCUAUCCCUUCGAUGUGUGCAAGACGAGGAUGCAGAUCCAGGGUGAGAUGGUCGGCAAGACGGGCUUGGAUGCCAAGUACCGGGGUCUGCUGGCCACAGCCAUGGGAAUCGUCAGGGAGGAGGGUCUUCUGAAGCUCUACGGUGGCAUAUCCGCCAUGAUACUCCGCCACUCACUCUUCAGCGGGACCAAAAUGCUGACCUACGAUUAUAUGCGCGAUAAGAUGAUCGUGCGCGACCAGGACGGUAAGCCCCAGCUCUCGUUUAUGGGUUCCUGCAUCAGCGGUGUUGCGGCUGGGGCCACCGCCAGCAUACUCACCAAUCCCACGGAGCUGAUCAAGACCCAGAUGCAAAUGGAGGGCCAGCGGCGCCUUAGGGGCGAGCCCCCACGAAUCCACAACGUCUUCCAGGCCCUGACCUCCAUCUACCGAAGGGGUGGUGUCGUUGGACUCUGGAAGGGAACUGUGCCACACACUUGGCGCUCUGCACUUGUCAGUGUGGGCGACGUGAGCUGCUACGACUUGUGCAAGAGGUUUCUGAUUGCCGAGCUUGAUAUGGUGGAUAACCGAGAGGUCCAGUUCCUGGCCGCCAUAACCGCCGGCUUAGCGGACGCCAUUUUGAGUUUGCCAGCGGAUGUGGUGAAGUCUCGCAUUAUGAAUCAGCCAACUGACGAGAAGGGUCGCGGCAUUCAUUACAAGGGCUCCCUGCACUGCUUGAAAAGGCUGGUAAGGGAGGAAGGACUCUUGGCCAUGUACAAGGGAUUUAUUCCCUACUGGAUGCGUGUCGGACCGGCCAGCAUAGUGUUUUGGACGACCUUUGAGCAAAUUAGACGUUUCCGAGGCAAUGAAGGUUACUAGGUAAA